GCCGAUGACAGCUAUGGGUUGGUGGCGCCCGCCACGGCCGCCUACCGCGAGGUGUGGCAGGUGAACCUGAAGCCCAAGGGCCUGGGCCAGAGCAAGAACCUGACGGGCGUGUACCGCCUGUGCCUGUCGGCGCGCACCAUCGGCUUCGUGAAGCUCAACUGUGAGCAGCCGUCGGUGACGCUGCAGCUCAUGAACAUCCGCCGCUGCGGCCACUCGGACAGCUUCUUCUUCAUCGAGGUGGGCCGGUCGGCCGUCACNGCCGUCACGGGCCCAGGUGAGCUGUGGAUGCAGGCCGACGACUCGGUGGUGGCGCAGAACAUCCACGAGACCAUCCUGGAGGCCAUGAAGGCACUCAAGGAGCUCUUCGAGUUCCGGCCGCGCAGUAAGAGCCAGUCGUCGGGCUCGUCCUCCACACACCCCAUCAGCGUCCCCGGCGCGCGCCGCCACCACCACCUGGUCAACCUGCCCCCCAGCCAGACGGGCCUGGUGCGCCGCUCGCGCACCGAUAGCCUGGCCGCCACCCCGCCGGCCGCCAAGUGCAGCUCUUGUCGGGUGCGCACGGCCAGCGAGGGAGACGGCGGCGCGGCGGCGGGGGCGGGGGCGGCGGGCGGCAGGCCCGUGUCGGUAGCCGGGAGUCCGAGCCCCGGGCCGGUGCGCGCGCCCCUGAGCCGCUCACACACCCUGAGCGGCGGCUGCGGCGCCCGCGCGAGCAAGGUGGCGCUGGCGCCGGCAGGCGGCGCCCUGCAACACAGCCGCUCCAUGUCCAUGCCGGUGGCACACUCGCCCCCAGCCGCCACCAGCCCCAGCAGCCUGUCGUCCAGCAGCGGGCAUGGCUCCGGUUCUUACCCGCCGCCGCCAGGCCCGCAUCCGAACCUGCAGCACCCCCUGCACCACCCCGCGGGCCAGCGGCCCUCCAGCGGCAGCGCCUCGGCCUCCGGCUCCCCCAGCGACCCUGGCUUCAUGUCUCUGGAUGAGUAUGGCUCCAGCCCUGGGGACCUAAGAGCCUUCUGCAGCCACAGGAGCAACACGCCCGAGUCCAUCGCAGAGACACCUCCGGCCAGGGACGGCAGCGCGGGCGAGCUGUACGGGUACAUGACUAUGGACAGGCCCCUGAGCCACUGUGGUCGCCCCUACCGCAGAGUCUCUGGGGAGGGGGGCCAGGACUUGGACCGAGGGCUGAGGAAGAGGACUUACUCCCUGACCACACCUGCCCGGCAGCGGCCAGUGCCCCAGCCCUCCUCUGCGUCCUUGGAUGAAUACACCCUGAUGCGGGCCACGUUCUCCGGCAGCUCCGGCCGCCUCUGCCCAUCCUGUCCCGCAUCGUCUCCCAAAGUGGCCUACCACCCCUAUCCCGAGGACUACGGCGACAUCGAGAUUGGGUCCCAUAGGAGCUCUAGCAGUAACCUGGGUGCCGACGAUGGCUACAUGCCCAUGACCCCCGGCGUGGCCCUCCUGGGUGGUGGCAGUGGCAGCUGUAAGAGUGAUGACUACAUGCCCAUGAGCCCCACUAGCGUGUCCGCCCCAAAGCAGAUUCUGCAGCCUCGCACCGCUGCCGCAGCCCUGCCCCCCACGGGCGCCGCAGUGCCCGCACCCACCCCUACGGCCAGUAGGGCCUUUCCAGCGAACGGGGGCAGCUACAAGACGAGCUCCCCAGCCGAGAGCUCCCCUGAGGACAGUGGGUACAUGCGUAUGUGGUGUGGCUCCAAGCUGUCCAUGGAGAGCGCCGACACCAAGCUGCUACCCAACGGGGACUACCUCAAUAUGUCCCCCAGUGACGCGGGUACCUCGGGGACCCCUCCCGACUUCUUCUCCGCUGCCUUGCAUGGCAGCGGGGAGAUGCUCAGGGGAGUCCCGGGCUAUUGCUAUAGCUCCCUGCCUCGCUCCUACAAGGCUCCCUACACGUGCAACGGGGAAAACGACCAGUAUGUGCUCAUGAGCUCCCCCGUGGGGCGCAUCCUGGAAGAGGAGAGGCUAGAACCGCCUGCCGGCCCUGGCUCACCGUCCACUAGCGCUUUCGCGGCCGGAGGCGGCCACACCCAGCCUCCUCACCCAGUAGUGCCUUCGCCCAGCAGGCCGAGUGGCAGCAGCGGUGGCCGCCCAGAGGGCUUCCUGAACCAGCGCUGCCGGUUAGUGCGGCCCACACGCCUGUCCCUGGAGGGGCUUCAGACCCUGCCCAGCAUGCACGAGUACCCUCUGCCGCCCGAGCCCAAGAGCCCGGGCGAGUACAUCAACAUUGACUUUGGCGAAGCCGGAACUCGCCUGUCUCCGCCCGCGCCUCCGCUGCUGGCUUCGGCGGCCUCGUCGUCCUCACUGCUGUCCGCCAGCAGCCCGGCCUCGUCCCUGGGCUCGGGCACCCCGGGCACAAGCAGCGACAGCAGGCAGCGCUCCCCACUCUCCGACUACAUGAACCUCGACUUCAGCUCGCCCAAGUCACCCAAGCCGGGCACCCAGAGCGGGGACCCCGUGGGCUCCCUCGAUGCCCUCCUGUCCCCCGAGGCCUCGUCCCCCUACCCACCACUGCCCCCGCGCCCUGCGGCCCCCACCUCCUCCCUCCAGCUGCAGCCGCCCCCGCCGCCACCCCCAGGGGAGCUGUACCGCCUGCCCCAGGCGUCGACUUCCCAGGGCCCCAGCGCUGCCUCCUCAUCGUCCUCGGAGACUGGGGACAAUGGUGACUACACCGAGAUGGCCUUUGGCGUGGCUGCCACCCCACCACAACCCAUCGCGGCCCCCCCGAAGCCGGAAGGUGCCCGCGUGACCAGCCCCACCUCCGGCUUGAAGAGGCUGAGUCUCAUGGAUCAGGUGUCGGGAGUCGAGGCCUUCCUGCAGGCGAGCCAGCCCCCAGACCCUCACCGGGGAGCCAAGGUCAUUCGCGCAGACCCACAGGGGGGCCGCCGCCGCCACAGCUCCGAGACCUUCUCCUCGACCACCACUGUGACCCCCGUGUCCCCGUCCUUCGCCCAUAACCCUAAGCGCCACAACUCGGCCUCUGUGGAAAACGUCUCUCUCAGGAAAAGCAGCGAAGGGGGCGGCAGCGGCGUCCUGGGUGGGGGCGACGAGCGCCCCAUGUCCCCCCGCCAGUUGCAGCCACCGCCCCCCCAGCAGGCGCGCCCAUGGGUACCAAGUCAGCCCGGGGGCUUGGUUGGCUGCCCUGGGGGCGGCGGCUCUCCAAUGCGCAGGGAGACCUCUGCCGGCUUCCAGAACGGCCUGAACUACAUCGCCAUCGACGUGAGGGACGAGCCUGGGCUGUCAGCGGCCCCACAGCAGCAUCCGCAGCCCGGAGACAAGAGCGCCUGGGGCCGGACCCGCAGCCUCGGGGGCCUCAUCAGCGCUGUGGGGGGCAGCGGCAGCGGUGGGGUAUGUGGGGGGCCGGGCCCUGGCGCCCUACCCUCUGCCAACACCUACGCCAGCAUUGACUUCUUGUCCCAUCACCUGAAGGAGGCCACCAUUGUGAAAGAGUGAGGAUCUGUCUGGCUUUAUCACCGUGACGUCACACAUCAGAGAAUGACAGUAAAAGAAGAUGCUCAGUGUGGGUGUUUUUUUUUUUGUUUUUUUUUUUUUAAAUCUGAAGCUGCUUACAAUUUUCUUUUGGAUCUGAGCAAUGACUAGGAUUUGGAACAUCUGCGACCGUGUUAGACUCUGAACCGACAAGGCAAGGACACCUGUCCCUCUCCUGGUUCCCUCGGUGGGGGGCAUUCAUCAUUCUGCUGUUUGUGCUGUGUUUUGUUUGUUUUUUGACAAAAUUCACCGAAGAAGUUAUUCUCACGAAAAUUGGAUGUUCCCAUUGGCCUUUUAAAUCGUGGCCAGUGUCUUAAUUUCUUCUUACUUUCAUUUUGGCAAAGCAAAUUUAUCCCUCAGCAUGCUAGAAGAUUCUACCAAUACCCACGAAAGUGGUAAAAUCUGGCAUUUACUGGCAUGCACUCAGAACUACCACAGUCCUACCUCAGUUCCAGGCAAAGCCGGAUUUGUGUGGCCGGGGGCUGGCAGGACGCGCAUCUCUGCUGAGCGCGUCUCGAGUGCGGCCUUGCAGCCUUAUUAACUGGUCCCAGGACGCAGCUGCUCCGUGGACUCCAAUCCAGGUACCUGCGUGUUUACUCAGACAGAGCCCAGUGUGGGACUGACAUUUCUCAACGGAAAUGCAAUUUGGGAUUGGACUUCGAAGAUGGAUUAAUAAAUAAUAAUAAUUAUGUGUAACUGAAGCAACCUACUUUUGAAAAAUCAUCAACUAUAUUGGGUAGUGGGGGUGGGAGGGGGGAUUGGGGCAGGGGGUGAAUAUCUCUUUUUACCUUUAACAGACUUGUUUAAUCUUCUCUAUGUAGAUGUUUAUGUAGGUACUUCAAAUUGCAAAAGCCUUUGAUCCUAUUUACAAGCUCAAACGUCUCUGCUAUUCUUAACCUUGAGCUUGCAUUUCUUUAACCAAAAAUUCAUGUAGGCAUGCUAGCGAUCCAAGGGUGGUCACAGCUUUGGCAGAUUAAAAAAAAAAAUGUGUUAUCUUUACUCGAUGCUAUCAUGUCGGCCGAUGAGGCUGCCCUGAGCAACAAUAAAAAAACACAAAAACUCAAAAAGAGACAAGGGAAGCAAAGAACUUGGUAUAAGAGCUAUUCCGGCCCCUGUGUUGUUAAGGGAAGAAGAAGGAGACAAAAAAAAGAAAAAAACCUCACAGUACAUCUGACUUGUCGAGAAAGUUCCUGACGAGACUACCCUCGUUUUCUGUUUCCAGUGUUCUGAAGAUAUCAGUGUUGUGGCAAUUACACAGGUGUCACCCAAAACUGCUGACCUUGACCAGCAGAAUGUCAUGUCACCUUGCUGCCCCCUUGACACGUGGCGGAGGGCCGCAGACCCCCUCCCGCGGGCACGUCCGCAGUGCCUGUCUGCUCAGAUAGUCCUGUAGAGGUUACACUCAUUCAUUGGAGAUGGGAGCUUUUUUUUUUUUUUUUGGAGAAAAAUAUAUAUAAAUAUAUAGAUAUAUAUCACUAUAGAAUAAUGCAUUAAUAAAAUGAGGCUUUUUAGAGGAAGACCAAAAAAUUCAAUGUCUUAAAAAUAUAUUUAAUGGCAAUGCAAAAGUCUUCCUGCUUCCAUGCUGAACUUUGAGAACACAGGAUUGUACUGCAAGACAAAGUUGAAUGUAAAGUGAUCCCCCUGAACAUUUUUAAAGUUUUACUUUUCUAAAAUUACACAUCGCAACAGUGUAUAGACCAUAUGAUGUUAGUUUGAAGGUCAAUUUCAGUGUAUGAUACCUACGCUUUAUGAAAAUGUAUAAAAUGUCCUGAAGUUUGGGUUUCAUUUUGGGACUCGGAAUUGAUGGGUGGUAUUGGCUGCGUGGCCCCCGUGCAGUGGGACCGAGUGCGGACCCUGCUGGAUACAGUGUACGUUUGGCGUAGUAAGUAGCAUUCUGUACUCACAGUAGUCUUGGCACUGUUCAUACCGCAGCUUGCAACAAGCAGAAUACAAAGUUGGUAAUAUACUACAUUUUCCUCUAUCCUGUACAUUUCAAAAAAAAAAGGCAUAUGCAAUAUUUACAUUUUUAAUUUAGUUUACAGAAUGGAACCAAAAUGUAUAAAUGUUAUGUUUGCUAAAACUUCACAAUGUAUAUUGGGUCUUUGUACAUUUUGCCUGACUUACCUUAAAUUUAAAAUAUUUUUUGCUAUAUAAACUUUAACAGUUAUUAAACAGUGUUUUCUUUUUGGGUACGUAUUGUUUCUGGAUAUCAAGAUGUUAAAUAUAUUUCUUGCUAUUGUGAUAUGACAAAAGACUUACCUUAUCUUGCUCUGUCUUCCACUGCAACACGCUGUAUAUAAGGGUCAAUGUGACGCUGCUGGAGACGACAGUCAAUGGAUCUAGAAUAGUGCAUCGUACUUAGUCUGUAUUGAUCAUGGAUGCUCUCCUUAACAGCCAUAUGCAAUAAAAUAAAAUACAUUAUUUAUGAAAUGAA